GCUUAAGGAUGCACCAUGAACAUUCAGCACGAGUAACGUCUCGCUGCUCACAGAGGGAUCCGUGUGUUUUUUGCAUCGCGCGCCUGUUUUGCAUGUGCAUCAUUUUUUCCGAGUGAUUUCACGUUGUGCGUUCUGCUUGCAAGUAGGAAAAGUGAAAGUAGCUUCCAGAAUAUGUCCGUAAAAAUACAGCUGCAUUUAAUCGUGACCGCUUAGUUUUUGCAUCGUCGAUAGAUUACGCUCCGACAUCUCCGCGCUCGUUCGUUAGUUAUCGAUUUCUAUCAUUAUUUUGAGUUAUUGCUUAUUGUGGACUCGAUCAUGUCAGAGGUGUUGCCUUAUGAGGAGAACAUUGCCCAUUAUGGUGAUGAUGGAGAUGAGGAACAGAUAUCGCUCACCUGUCGCCUGCAGAACAACACCAAUAACUUCUUCGGUUCAGCUCAGAACAAACGGCCGCCUAAACUCGGACAGAUCGGACGGAGUAAGAGAGUUGUCAUAGAAGAUGACAGAAUUGAUGAAGUUCUGAAUAACACAGCAGAGAAGUCAUCAGCGGGAGUGUAAUCUCGAGGACGUUGUUAAAGCGGCAGAAAAGCACGGGUUACAUGCAUUCUGCAUCAAAAGCACUUUGCAGUCCCUCUCAGUAUGGGUUGAAUUUCACGGUGCUGCAGCAGGCAAGGAGAAGUCCGCACUGCAGGCAGUCUAAAUGGAGAAAGAAACCUUCUUUUUAAGGGCAUGUUUAAUAUCUCAUCUUAUAAAGUGACAACUUACACCAGACAUACAAGUCCUAUGUUGUUUAAUACAUGUGGAGUUGGUCUGUAGUGGUCACGAUUCCGUUUUUAUUGUAAGAGGAAUGCGUUCAUAUCACAAGCACAAAUUUGACAACUUUUAUUCUUCAUUCUGCUGUGAAACUGAGCACUUAGUUUUUCUGUAUAUUUUGUGCACAAUGAAAGUGAAACUCAAUGUUUUUCACUUUAAAUAUCCUAAUUAUGAUCUUUUGAAUACCGUUUUAGUUCCUAAAGAUAUGAUGGACAAAGCAAAAAUUUUUUAUAGGACGGAUGAGGAAAGACUACUUUUUAAAGUAAUUUUUUAAUGUUGCAUAUUGUAAGUUUUGAUGUGGCUGCAAAACUGCCUGCUUUAGCCUGAGAUAAAAAGCGUAUUUUUAUAUCAAGGAGCUGUUUCUAUAGUGGUAGCACUUUCAAAUGUGGUUGUCAGUACUCUCAGCUGAAUGGAAUAAGAUCAUGUUUCUGCCAAAUAUUGCAAAAUAAUAUGCCAGUUGAAUUGUGUUUCUGUUUACCCAAGUAAUGUGAAGUUUUUCAGGCCUGCCUCUCAUAAAUGUGUCAGGGCUUUUCUAUAGCUUUUUGCAUGAGACCGGCACAAACGCCGCCUUCUGUGAUAGUGAAACUGAUCUACGUACAGUACAGUAAUAUGUUGUUACUUUGAAUGACAAACCUCUGACUCUGGAAUACUGUAUAUGUUGCACUUCUCUGUACUGUUAAACAGGGCUAUAUUUGCAAUGAAAUUUAUGACCAUUAAAAUGUGA